AUGGAUUCUACACUUUCGUUGAAGCCCAGAGGAAAAGGGAAAGGAUCACAGGGAGCUUCCUCUUCCAAUGACAAAUCCAAGUCGCAGCUCCUCAAGGAAUGGACCAACUGGUCUCUCAAGAAGGCCAAAGUCGCCACUCACUACGGAUUCAUCCCUCUCAUCAUCAUCGUCGGCAUGAACUCCGAUCCAAAGCCCCAUCUCUUCCAGCUCCUUACCCCUGUCUGAUCCUCCAAUUCCGGAACGAGAUCGAUCCCGUCUCCCCCGGUUUGGAUUCGCUGAAUCUUCUUUUAUGUUUUCAGAAUCUGUGGUUGUAUGGAAUCAAUUCAUCUUUGUUUGCCUUUUCUUAUACAAAUUGAAUCAGUAGUAAUGAUCAAAUAAUGCUUUGAGAA